CCUAGGGAGCUUUGCGGCUUGAUCGCUAUUUAUAUUUGCAAGGGCCUGUUCCACUGACAACAUGGCUUCCAAGUACAUUCUCCCCAACAACCAGCCAUUCUCCAGGCUGGAGUGUGAAGUGGCAUUUAAAGGUCUUUCCAAGAAAGAGCAGCUGUAUGCCCACCACAUUGCACAGGCCUCCUGGAAGGGUGGACUCAUUGUUCUGCUGCAGACAUCGCCUGAGUCACCUCUCAUCUUUGUUCUGCUGCAUCGUGUUUUCCGCCAACAGAGCUGUGAAGAGCUGAAGCAAGUAGCAUUUGACAAGUGCAACUUCUCAGAAGAUGACUGGAAGGCGUUCUUGGUGUACAGCAGCUCCAUCUACUCGGACAUGGGGAACUACCGCGACUUCGGCGACACCAAGAAGGUGCCGGGCCUGGCACAGGAGAAGCUGGCGGCGCUGAUACGCGCCUCGCGAGCCUACGAGCAGGACAGCAAGACCUUGGAGCGCCUGUUGGAUGGCUGUCUGGCGCGACUGUACGUGCUCAACGACAACGUAGCGCAGCUGGGACUCGGCGACAAGGGCAUCACGACGUACUUCUCUGCCAACUGCACAGACGAGGACGCCGAAAAGGCCAAAGAGUACAUGAAGCACAAGGGAGUACCAGGGCGCCAGUUCAGCGUGGCACGUGGCGACUACUCCGGCCUGCUCGCCAUGGUGGUGGAGGAGCUCAAGGAGGCCAUUGGGAGACGCCUGCUCCCUGCUCCGCGCGGCUACCUGGCGCCGGAUGAGCCCAGUCUGACCCCUGCCGCUUCGGUGCGGGCUGCACCCUCGGAACAGUGCCACGGGGAGUGGCCAGCGCUCUGA